GGCCGGAAACAAGAAGAAGAAGACGAAGAAGACGCAGCAGCGAGCUCGUGCAGCAGGAAGUGUGAGAGGGAAGACCGCUUAGAGAGAACAAUGGGAGUAGAAGUAGAGACCAUAAGACCAGGAGACGGAAGGACUUUUCCGCAGAAAGGACAGAAUGUGUCCGUGCACUACGUUGGUACGCUGACAAAUGGAAAGAAGUUUGACUCCUCCAGGGACAGAGGAGACCCCUUCAAAUUCAAAAUUGGACAGGGUCAAGUCAUUCGUGCUUGGGAUGAGGGUGUAGCUCAGAUGAGCGUUGGCCAGGUGGCCAAGCUGACCUGCUCGCCGGACUAUGCAUAUGGCGCUAAAGGAUACCCCCCUGUCAUCCCAGGAAAUUCCACUCUCAUUUUUGAAGUGGAGCUGCUUGGUGUUUGUUGAAUUUAAAGGUUACUCUUCAGUUUCUCAUUCCACCAACAUCUGACAUAACUAAUUUUAAUUAAAGGUGCUUUCGGUAGCAUUUAAAAACAUAAAUAAAUCAUUGUGGAAAGAUUUCUGAUAUCUUGGUAUUUUUGAGACAAUGUAGACAAAUUCCGGUGGUAGUGUUGGUGCUAAAAUGACACCUGGAUUAAAAAAA